AUGGACGAGCUGUAUCAGGACCUAAAAAUGAUGGACUACAUCAUUAUAUGUUUAACAAACAAGUAUCGACUUGUUCACAGCUAUAUCCAAGGAGUGGCAGACAUUUUUGCAGUCACGAUUGAUGAAUAUCAUAAGCUUAUUCAGAAAAUUAUUUCUCUGUACAAAGAGAGCCUUUAUAACUCUGUCCAUGCUAACCUUUCCCAGCUGAAGGAAGAUGUGGAGAGGCAACGCGCGCACGAUAAAAACCUCAUGGAGAUAAAGGAAAAUUUAAAGAGGGCAAUCAAACUCACCAAAACAGGUGAAAUUUGCACGACUGUGGAAGCUCCAGAGAAGAGGCAAAUUCAAAUGGACACCACCCUCAAAAUCGAUCCCCCCUACGACACGACAGCGUUGUACAAAUUUAGGCACUACAGGAACACCUUCGUUAAGAGGUACUCCACGAUAACGAAGAAUGAAAACUACUUGAAUGCAAAUGAGCAGAGGAAGCGUUUUCUUCGGAAGCUCAGGAGCUCCGCCAAGGUAACCAAAGAAAGGAACGACCGAGCCGAUGGUAUUUUCAAAGACGAACAAAAGAACAUGAUUAGAAUUGUAAGUGAAAAUCACAUCUUUCAAGAAUCUCAUAAACUGAAGGAGGUAUUAAUUGUAAAUAAAUUUCUGAACAAAGCCAAGAGCAUAGUCAACGAUGUACCCCAGUUUCUGUGGAAGAUUAUUGAGGAGUUCGAGAGGACGGAGUCGGUUGCGCAAGAGAACAUGUACCUCUUCGUCCUGCUAGCUUUGAAUAAGUGGCUCAAGAAGAUAGUCACCGAGUGCGAGCGCUUCAUCUCAUUGAACAGAACCAAGGGGUACAGGAAAAAAACGGACAGCGUAGAAAUACACAAGAAGAUGAGCGACUACAUGAAUGACAUCUUACAGAGGGGAGCCGAGCAGACAAUGAUGUUCAGUGAAGAGAAGGCUCUCUUCCAAUACCCACCACACAUCAAUUUCAACGUAAAUACAUCCUUCCUAACGUACUUCUUUUUAUAUAUGGACAAGCACUUAUUCGAUUUUGUGGAGGGUUUCUACUCCUCCUCUACCAGGAAGAAAUCUACACAAAACGAAAAAAAAAAAAAAGUAAAAUUAAUCAAGUGUUAUUCGGCAACGAAGGAAAGUAGCCUAUACAUGAGUAGCGACAUGUACAGUUACCAGUUUCGCAACGAGCAUGAGGAGGAUUACGAAAAAGUACAUCAAUAUCACAGACAGCACGGAGAACACAAACAACAGCAACAUCAUAAGGAGAGAAAAACGGAGCAAUCUCAUCAUAUCCUCCAUCUGUCCAACCUGAUGUAUCGCAUCAACCAAGAAGACAUGUACCCCAACAUAUUUCUAAUAUGUAAUUAUCUCCUACUUGGAGAAACCAAAAAAAUCAUUGAAUUGGUUUAUCAGAUGCAGAGGAAUUCCUUUGAUCUCCUCCUAUGCUACGAUGCUUCUGUGAUCAUUCAGCUGAUCAUCUGUCUGUUUUCCAACUUAAAGCGGCUGUUCGCCUGGGGCACUUGCCACGCGCAGCCAUCAACAACAACAACAACGCCCCCACACAUGGCCGAAGAGGAGGAACCCUACUACGAUGACCUACGCAAGUGCAUUUCCGAAACCAAGAUAAAUUAUCUAUCCCCAAAUUCAUAUGUCAAAUGUUUAGGGCACAUACGAUUGAUGCUUUUGAAUGUUUUGAAAACUUUACAUACCAUGACAAAGGAGGGAGAUAGAAAUUAUGUGUGCACCUUCUGGGAGAAGACCCACAUCCCUAUGGGCGGGGAGAACCAACCGCGGGAAGACAGUUACACACACGAACGAGACCAACUCAUACCUAUAAAAAAUGGGUGCAUCAAAAAUAAUUGCUAUUUCUUUCAUGAGAAAAAACGGACUGAUGUGUCUAUGGAUGGACUAACGCAACAAACGGAGGAACACACCAAUAGGAUCAUACAAAGAAGGAUACUAUGUUACGAUUUCUACAAAUUCGUGAUAGACCACGUGAAGACAGUUAAACUGCUUAUGGAAAAUAGGAGCAACAGAGAGGAGUACACAGGAAUUCUCAUCAAGAGGAACAAUCGGUACAACAUCGAUGGGGGAGUUAGCGGAUCUACCAGAUCUGGUGGAGGUGCUAGGGGAAAGAAAAGUACCCCUCUGAGAGGACGCCCAUCAGCAGUGAGGAAGGUUUCCAAAACCGCUGGCCCGUACGCCGGCGUAAGCAGCGCGCCGAUUCACCUCAAUCCAACAGGUGGUAAAAUCUUCAUCGAAAUUGCAAAUAAAACCGACUCGAAGGGUAAAGUAGGCCAAAGAGAUCCCCCCAAGGCUGCCCCCCCAAAGAAGGGAAUCCAGUCAAGUGUUAACCCAUCAGUAUCAACCACAACAACCCCCACACAGAUCGCCAAAAAGCAGGUCGUUAAAAUCAGAAGAGGCCUAUCAUCUACCAGACACAGUUCACAGGAUAUACGAAAUAAAACCAAUCCUCCCCCUAAAUGGGUGUCAAAUGCGGGGAAGACCAGCGCUCCUUCGAUGAAGCAGUAG